CUCGAUGUGAUCCUGACGCAGCGUCACGGAGGACAGCUCAAACUGAAGAUUCUGUUUUCACUUCUCUCUGAUCCGACUUCUCUUAUUCAGGAUUUUAGAUUCAAUCCUCUUUCUUUUCCUCUGGAUGUGAAGACGAUGGAGCAGAGCGGCACGAAGAGUCUGCAGCUGAGUGACAGCGAAGACGGUGGGCGGGGCCCCGAGGAUCUUCCGGUUCCCCAGCGGCCCGUCAUCAGCAACAUCACCUGCGACUCCUUCAACAUCAGCUGGGAGAUGGAGGGGGGGGGGAACAUCACUCACUACUUCAUCGACCUAAACAAGAAGGAGGAACCCAAGGAGAACCACUUCAAACACAAGGACGUCCCGACGAAGCUGGUGGCCCGGGCGGUCUCUCUGCCCAUGACGGUCCGGGGUCACUGGUUCCUGAGCCCCCGGACCGAGUACAGUGUGUCGGUUCAGACCGCCGCCAAGCAGCCGGACGGGGAGUACCAGGUCUCCAGCUGGAGCGAGAGCAGCCACUUCUGCACCGCAGACUACUCGGCAGUGCAUCUGAACCAGCUGCUGAAGAAAGCCGAGGCCAUCGCCGGCCGAAUGCUGCCCUUCAGCCUGUUCUACCGGAACCAGCAGAAGGAGUACUUCCAGCAGGACAGCCCCUCGUACCGCUCCAGAGACGCUCAGUGCUGCCGCAUGUUGCCGUCCGUCAAAGACCACAGCGGCAGCCACGGCUCCCCCAUCAGCGGCAAACUGGAGGGGGUCUUCUUCAGCUGCAACACUGAGUUCAACACCGGGAAGCCCCCCCAGGACUCCCCGUAUGGACCGUACCGCUUCCAGAUCCCGGCAGAAAGCCUCUUCAACCAGAACACCAUCGUGUACUUCGGGGAUUUUUACUGCAUGUACACAUCCUACCACUACGUCAUCCUGGUGCUGGCCCCCCGAGGGUCCUCUGGGGACGCCUUCUGCAGGGGGCGGCUGCCGGAGCUGGACCCCACCAACAACGGCUUCCUGCGCUGCGGCGCGGCGGCCGACGGCUCGCCGACCUUCCUCCACGCGCAGGACGUCAUCCUGGAGGUGAUCUACACCGAGCCUGUGGAUCUGUCUUUGGGGACGGUCUCUCAGAUCGCCGGGCAGCAGCUCCUAGGUCAGUCCACCCUCAACGCCAAAAAGGACCCCAGCUGCAAGGUCUGCAACAUCAGCGUGGGCCGCUAGCACGAUGGGGACGAGAUGCUAGCUAACGAACAUAUCAUCGCUAACUGUCUGGGGAACGACUGGAGAGCUAAAUGCUAUAACCGAGUAUAUUAUAUGACAGUAUUAUCAUCAGAGUCAUACUAACAUCUUUACAUACACAGCUGCACGAUCUGCAAUCAGCGUGGGACGUUAGCACGAUGCUAACAGAGACUAUCUUAGUGCUAACAUUGAAGAGCAGCCUGUCACAUUCUAUUAAAACUGAACUUCCUUUCUAAUGGUUUCUCUUCCUUUGUAAUAAUGCUCGGUGUGAGAGGAGCUUAA